UUAAAAUUACGUCACUUCAAUUACAUUGAAUUUAUUGUUCUGGCAAGUCUGUAUAAAUAAACAUAUUAUAGUAUUUGAUAAAGCUAGCCAAGUGAUACCGAAAUAUCGUUGCAUAUUUGUUAAGUGGACAUCGCUAGCGACAACAUUUACUGAUUAACUCACAGUUAUUUGGUUUGACGCCGACGGUUUCGUGGGCGUGCACGGUCUGCCAUUGUGCUUUUGGCGCGCAAGCAAGUCGUGUGGGGAGGGGGAACAAAAAGCCCAGAAACAGCGUCCAGCAAACUGCUGAAGCUAGCCGUUGUGUGGUGGAAGAAAAAAUUGAGUUUCUAAUCAAUUCAUCCGAAUUACAAAGGGUUUUCUCAAACUUUCCAUUUCGAAGUUGGGACGUGCCCCUUAACUCGAGGUACUGUAACCUAACUAGCCAUGGGAAAGAAGACUCGUGAAAAUGAUGAUGGUGCCUCAGGCUCAUCUUCAGAAGAGGAAGAAUUUAUUGUGGAGAAGGUGCUGGAUAGAAGAACGGUGAAGGGCCGAGUUGAAUUCUUCCUGAAGUGGAAAGGCUAUUCAGAAAAGCACAACACAUGGGAGCCAGAGAAGAAUCUUGGCUGCCCCGAGCUCAUCGCUGGGUUCAUGAAGACCUACAAGAAGCCUAGCAGUAGUAGUGGUGCAACCCCCAGCAGUGGAGGAUCCAAGUCCAGCGCGGGAUCAUCAGGCCGCAGCAAGGAAGGCAGCAGCAAGAGGAGGAACUCUGAUGAUGAGGAGGAGGGGAGCAGCAACAAGCCCAAACGGAAAAAAGAGGAUGACGUCCUGAUUGCGAGAGGCUUUGAGAGGGGUCUGGUACCAGAGAAGAUUAUAGGAGCCACAGACUCCUGUGGAGACCUCAUGUUCCUCAUGAAGUGGAAGGACUCUGACGAGGCAGAUCUGGUGCUAGCCAAGGAGGCCAAUCACAAGUGCCCGCAGAUCGUCAUAGCCUUCUAUGAGGAGCGCCUCACCUGGCACGAAGAUGGGGACAAGAAAGAGAAGGACACUGUAAGCAUGUGAGCGGGAUGUCUCGCCACGGGAACGGUCUCUGACCACCGACUCUGCAGGGACAACCUGGAGACUCGUAUAGCCAGCACCAAAUCGCACCCUAUUCCUCCCCCUUGGCCUUAACCCUUUUUACGUUAACUUGUUUGAAUGGUCUGCAUAGGUAUAAGCAGUAUAGUGGUAAAUCUUCCACCAUAUUGCUUUUACCUUAAAGAUCUGCAAACAUUGAAGGGUUAGGGCCAAAUAGAGGGUUGGGAAGGGAUUUGGUACCGACUGACACUCACCCCCCCUACCCCAUUGGUAAUGACCAUAACAAAAACCACACAAACUGACGAUGGAGAACACUGCCCACUUUUUCAUGAUACCUCCCUCAAUGCCCCAAUGUACAGGCUAAUAUCCCUGAAUAACCAACAGUCCAACUUAGCCAUUUUACAUAGAAACUGAGAAGGAUGCAGGAAGACUGGGAUUUUGGAUGUGGCAAAACAGGCGUGCGCUCCCUACUGGGGAGGGCUUGUGGGUUUUCUGUAACCUCAUGCUUUAUUCUCUUUCACUUUUUUUUCGGGAUAUGAUUGUGUAAGGAAAAUUGUAGAUUCUGUGGUACCCUGUCUAGGUACAGGCAUCCAUCUUAAGGUGACUUGAAGGUAGUCGUCUUCACUGAGAGAGAAGUUAAAAUGGCCACGUCUAUCAAAGCAUGGUCCAGGGCCCUGUACUCAGUGUUGAUCCAGUAUCUGGUCCCACCGGUCCAUAUAGUCAUUGUGAUCUAACAGGGCAACUGAUCCUAGAUCAGACAAUCUGCGGAAAUGUUGAAUAUGGGCAACCGACAUGUUUGCCACUGGGAAGCUGACAGCCUUGCAAGUCUUAACAAACCUUAAGCAUAGUUAGUUAUGCGGUAGAAACAAUACGAUUUUAUCAUCUGAUCCCCUACUAGGCCACCUUGGUAGAAAAACGGCUCCUAUUUCUUCUACGGUUUUUGUUCAGUAGUUUUAGUCAAACUUUGAUGUUCUAAGGUAAAUAUGGUCCCUUCCUCUAUGUAAAGACUCCCUCCAUGGUUUUUGUCUCUUCACAUCGCUAGUAGUGUGGCUGGAUUGUACGUUUUGUUUUAAUCAUCCACAUUUUAAUAUUUUAGCUCCUUUUUAUGCCAUAAAUUUUUUCCUGUUCUGUAACUUUACCCUGUCAACUAACCAUCAUGUAGCUGCGAUUCCAUUGCUAAGAUCAUGAAUAUAUUUUAGAGUAGCUGCUUAUUCUUAACUUGGAAUUGGAUUCUUCAGAUUACCUGUUAAUCAGACAGUGUCGUCACAUCAAGCACAAGUAAGACAAUAUUACAGAUGCACUAGCCUCUGCCGAGUCCCUAACAAUCAGAUGUACCGGUUUUCAGGGAAAAUGGAAAGGGCCUGUGACCUGACUUCCACUUUUGAAUGUUAACAAAGGUGCCACUCCAUCUUAACUCCUCCACAUUUAUUGGAUUGGUUGAACAGUGCAGAAGAGAACAUCCCCUGACAGUUUGUUCUUCUGGUCAAGACCAGUAUGUAGGUGCUCUAGUUUGGGGCCAUUAUUUUAUGCCUGCUACGGUAGGUUAGAGGCACAGAAGGGCCACUUCAAAAGUUGUGCCUAGUGUUUCAAGCAAUCUUUAUUUGCAAAUGUGAAUGACCAUUUUGAUUGUUGAGUAUAUACAACAUUAUCACAGUAAUGCUGAACUGUAACCAUUCUUAUGAUGAGGUUAGACAAUCAGCAUGCCACAUGCUCUGCAGUAAUGUGAAACUAAACCAGCAUUGCUUCGAUCAAGGUACGCCACCCUAUGGCUAAAUGGCUCAGCCAAAGUGCUUUGCUCAGUUCUCAGUGCGCUGUGUGGGAGAAUGGAACAAGGCAGACAGUGUUCUUUCAUGGGAGGCUUAUUGCUUUAUUCUAUUAAAAAAAAUUACGAUCAUGUCCGUACUUUUGAUUAUGUAUUAAGUGGUGAAUUCAACACAUCCUAAAGAGUAUUUGUUCCACUUGCUAUCAGUUGUAGAAAGAUUUGACCUGAAUUUAGUUUCUUCUUAGACCUUGUUACCCAUAUCACAUCCACAUAUGUGGUGACAAAGCGCAAGGUCGUGUAGUCCCAUAAGAGGCUAAGGAUUCCAGUGCAUUUGAUGUUGAGUUGAUGGAAAGAGUGCUGUGUGUUGUCAUCGGCUGUUCUCUACAUUUGUCUUAUGCACAAAUUUACUCUUCAAAUAGUUUCCCCCUCUUGUGUUUUUUUUUGUUGUUGUGCAUUCUUAGUUGUCUAGCCACUGUAGUCAUAGAAACAACCGUUUUGUAAAUGACAAACUUAGACAUCCUUCCCUUGAGAAACAUCCCUCGUCUGGACACAUGUAACAGGGUUGUACAUUUUUCAUGUUUUAAUUUUUUUAUGUCCUGAAUAAAAACCCUUUCACUUUUAUUUUGUUCUGUGACACCACUCAUUUACUUUCAGAGAUUUCAUUUGAAGUCAUUCAUUUUAUUUUUUAAAUCAUGUUUUUAAAUGUGCAGCAUUUGAUGUAUUUUACCAUUUUUAAUGUUCUGCAAAUUUGUUUUGUCUUGUAGUAAACUGUUUUCAACAUUU